CACUAUUAAAGUAUUUAAGAUAUAUUGUUCUGAACUGUUUUCUAUUAAGGAAUGUUGAUUGCCUAACAUUUAAUAUUCCACAGGUAUUUUGUCAGCUCACAGAAAAACAAUUUGAUAAGCAUUCACUAUCGGCUGUUAUCUUAUCGAAAAGACUGAAUAAUGUCUUAGUUAUGAAUUGACUUCCAAUCCGUAUAUACACCCAAGUGAUGUCAAUGAUGUUGGGCCUAGUGUGUUACAAUAGUGUUAGUUAGUGAUGAAUCAAAAUGAAUGAUAUAAAUCUUAAAAUUAAACAAUGGCGAAGGCCAAUAGAUGAUGAUACAAGAAGUGAUUCUGGGACUAUUGACGUGGAAGAGUUCCGUAAUUUAUUACGUAACGAUAUGAUCGAGGCCGACUGUGAUUUGAAUCGAUUAAAAGAACACUUCUCAAAAGUUAAAACACGCAGAACCUUCAGUGUUUCAAUGAUAGAGCCCGCUUUAUUAUCUGGAGACUGUGUACAGACUAAAAACUUGGAAGUACAAAUGAAGCAAAACGGGUAUAGGGUAUUGUGCAGUGCACCGCAUCGCUGUCGUCUCGGUCGCUGUUGACGUGACGUCGCGAGUGGAGACCCGCCACGGGCACGCAGUGAGGCGAGUCGAGUGCAUUUCAACAUGCAGGAGGGACAGAGGCAGGCGGGCCCCCACCCUGCCCCUCGCCGUCAUCGGCUCGCGCGCCAGUCCGCCGUUGUGCGUUCCUCGCGGCGCAGGCACUCAGCUAUGAUUGUCUCGUAAUCACAGUUCAUAAAUACCGGCUUCGCGUGUGUCUUUGUUGGUGCUUAAAAAGUGUUUUGUGACAGUUUGAAGAUGUUACGCAUGUGACAUGGCGAAGUGUAGUUGAUAUGUCUCUGAGCGCGCCCGCUCAGGCGGUGCGCGGGACUAGGACCAUCAGCCUAGACCAACUAGAUUUCCAGGAGAGAAGGCAAAUGAUCGCAAGCUCUUUGUCGCUCACUGACUUCUUACACGUGGGAGCGAAGGAAGUUGCAGCUGUAGCCGCCAAGAAACAGAAUGGUUCGACAGUGCGUACGAACAGCCUUGGCUCGGGUGCGCGGACGCCACCUGUCGAGAGAACCAAGUCUAAGUUCUCCGCGUUUGGUAGACUCUUCAAACCGUGGAAGUGGAAACGAAAAAAGAAGUCAGAGAAAUUCGAAGCGGCUUCUAGAACGUUAGAGAGAAAGAUAUCCGUCCGAGCAAAUAGAGAUGAACUAGUGCAGAAAGGUAUCCUCUUGCCAGAGAGCCCAGUAACGCCGGUUGCAGAAGCUAGUGAGGAGUCAUCACCGACGUACGAGGAAGGUCGUAACGAGCCGACCAACCCCGGCCCCGACCGCAACCUGGUGAGCAUGCACGCGGCGCUGCAGGCGCAGCUCGCGUCGCAGCUCGCUCAGCAACAGGCGGCACUCGCAGCUGCAGUAGCAGCCGCAGCUGCGGCACACCAUCAUCACCAGAACAAUAAUGUCAUUGAACCAAAGAAAGACAAAUUGGAAAAUGGUGGAGAGCUGGUGAGACCUGAACGACCCAAUUCCUUGACGGCAGCCGGGAAGCUCCCACGGCGAAUAUGCUAUCAAGGAGACGUUGUAGGUGGGUACGGGGCAUCCGGCGGCGAGGGCGGCGACGGCGGCGACGAACCCCUGGUGCUGUCAGAAUUACCGGAGCCGCCCAUCGCCUUAUCGGAGAUCGGACCCAUUCCGCCGCCGCCCAUGUUCAGCUCGCCGAGCCCCACCCGCCAUCAUCAGCACCAACACCAACACCCUACAAUACAGCUUCCUCUGUCUGACUCCGAAGAGGAGGAUGAACACGAGGACGAGGACACCCCACUACCAAUGACGGACGCAGCCCGCGUAGAAGAGAUCCCGCCCAAGGAGCCCAGCUUCAACGCGGUGCCGCUCAAGUCGGCGCUGAAGAAGCGGCCCGCGCCCUCCGCCUCACCUGCAGCCACGCCCCUCGCUACGCCCCUGGCGCCCCGACAGGACCACCACCACGCCAGCUUCAACAGUCGGCCGGUGCGUGUAGGUAACGCAGUGGAAAACAAGGAGAACGCUCGCCCCUGGGAAGGGGAGUAUCGUGAUGACUACGCUACUGAAUCAGAGCGAGUUGCCGCCAAACUCGCCCGAAAGGAAAGUCUCAAUAUCAAGCUGGCGCUUCGACCCGACAGGCAGGAGCUUAUCAACAGGAACAUUUUGGUGGUGCAGAGCGAACACGAGCGCCAGGAGUCGUGGGAGGCGAUAGGCGCGCGCCUCAUACGCCGGCUGUCCAUGCGGCCCACCGCCGAGGAACUAGUCGAGAGGAACAUACUCAAAAGUCAAUCCCCCGCCGAGGAGAAGAAACAGAAAGAAGAAAAGAAGAGGUAUCUUUUACGCAAACUUAGUUUUCGGCCGACGGUCGACGAACUAAAGGAAAAGAAGAUUAUUAGGUUCAGUGACUACAUUGAAGUUACGCAGGCGCACGACUAUGACCGGCGCGCGGACAAGCCAUGGACGCGGUUGACGCCACGCGACAAGGCGGCCAUACGCCGCGAGCUCAACGAGUUCAAGAGCUCCGAGAUGGCUGUGCACGAGGACAGCAAGCACCUUACUAGGUUCCAUAGACCAUGACGGCUGUGCGUGAAAGGCGGGGGUGCGGCGGUGAGGGCGGCGGGCGCGUGAAGUAUACGCACGCAUCCGAACCACCGCCCGACGCAGCGGUAAAGUGUUGAAUAUUCUAAACGACUUCACACCACACCUGUACCACUAACACUCACUGUACACUGUUGCCGCGCUCUGCUCGUGUCCUCUUACAAUUUUACUUGUAUCGUAGUUAUUGCCGAGUACAAUUUUAUUAUUAUUAUUAUUACUACAUAAUUAUUAUUAUUAAUAAAUCGUUUAUGUUAAGUUGACGUUUUCUAAGCGUACCUAUACAUUCUUUGAAUUGACCUUUGCGAAAGGUUAGUGAUACUGAUUAUUGUGGUGGAGAUUAUGCGCUUGGAUGCUCGGUGAACUGUGAGAUUUACGAGUGAAUCAUUUUGAUAUUUGGGACGUAUCCGAUUUAGGGCUCUGUGUAGUCUUGUGAUUUUUAUAUUAUAUUGCUAGCUUUUAGCUUCAUAGUCGUGUUAAGCUAGAUUUCGAUUCGAGAAAAUAUUUAUUUAUUUUUAUUAUUAUAAAUUUGAUGUUGUUACGGUCACAAUUUCGAUAUUUUUAAAAAUAAUUUCCACAAUUUUUUGAUUAUUUUUAAUGUUAGCGGCGUACAGCGAUCGUUGCCCUUAGUUUGCACUAUUAAGGGGUUGUUUGUUAAUUAGCCUCGGCCGCAUCGGUCAGUGCGAGAUACUACCAAUGAUUUUCAUUCCUGUUUCGUCACUUAACUGUGAAACUAUUGUUCAACUGUCCGGGUGUGUAACCUUUGUAUGUUGAUAGAUGCAGAGAUAUAGGUGUCAUAUUGGAUAUGGAAACGAAAUGUUGUACAAUCGACUCUUUACGUUAUUUCUUCUAAAUUGUCUUAGAAGUGCUUCCAAUGCUGUGCAACAUAACAAUAAAUGAUUUGUACAGGACUCGGUUCCUAUGUAACAUAAGUUGUUUAAUAGCGUUCUUGUAGUUAUUGAAUAACUGUAUUGCAUGUCUGUUAGUUAAUUCAAUAUUAUUGGGAAAUAAAUAUGUAGUUUAAACUUGGGAAUUCUUCAAUAUUUCUAUUUCGUUUUAGUACUAAUAUUUCACCUACUAUCACUAUCUCAACGAAAAAAUAUAUAUAUAUACUGUAUUAGUAAAAUUUUAAAAGAUUUUUGGUAAAAGUAGUAAGAUUUCAUAUUACGCUUCAUAAAUUGUAUUCGAGAUACGUGUAUAAUUAAUUAAUUGUAUGCAAUAAUAUUAUCAAAUUAUUUUGUUAUAGUAACUGUAAUCUUCUCAUAAUGCGAGGUAAAGUGUAUUCAAGAUGUAAUAGUUUACGUUAUUGAGAUUAUUUAAUUAAGACACUUGGUCCAGUAAGUGGGAUUUCUAGCUUACAGGGAAGAAUCAGUGUUGGGCGAAUGAGUCGUAUUUUGUAAUGGGACGUAUAUUUGACACACUGACGCAGCUCAAUGGCGGACGAGGCGUAGAUAGGUUAUAUAGUGUCCAUCCUGACGACGCAGGUUAAAGAGUGUCCAUCCUGACGACGCGAGCAACCUCGGUGGGAACAACUUGUUAGUCGACUUGUCACUCUAGCUUAGGUGUAAGCUAUACAAUGUGUAACGAACUAUUCCGCUGUGUAACAACUUAACGAAUGAUCGAAUGACGUUAUGAAUAAAAUUGUAGUCGUUAUAUUAUAAAGUUAUGCCGUUUGAGAUUACAUGCCAUCACUUUAUAAGGAAACUCCUUAACUCACUUUGUAGAUAUUUUACAGUGAACUUUUUGGGAAUACGAAAGCCUUAGUCUUGAUAUCGUCAGUCAUUGCUCAUGUGAAAGAGUUCUCAAGUUGCAUUUGAACAGGGGAAUAUAUUUUUAUUUCGAAUAUUUAAACAUCUUUCAUUGGACAUCAUGGAGUUACGAGGUUUGUUUAUGAAAGUGACUGUACGGUAUGUAUGAGUGGUGACAAUGGUAUAUUUUUUUUCUCAUUAUGAAGACCAUCGUAAUUUAGGUCGACUUGAUAGUAUAUCGAGCAAUAAUAAUAAUGCUAUCUAUCGGUCUGUUUCAAUUGUUUAAAAAUUUUAAUGUUGAGAUUUUUUUACAUAAUUGUAUAGUUAGUUUACAACGUAGUGUAACUUAAUAGAUAGGGAUCAGUUUAAUAAAUCAUUUUUAUAAAGCGAUAUAAUAAUUAUUGUUCAGUAGCGGUGCCAUUACUCGUGACGUGUUCGAAACUCGAUCAAAUAACUAACACAGUUCUUGUUGGAAGCGAUAUCUUUUAGAUUAUGAUACUGUUGUAAGAAAAGCACUACAUAGUCAAGGACUGAAGUCAAUUUAAGAACACAGACUAUGUAAUAUUUUACUAAUGGGCAUAAAGAUAGAUUGUCAUAAUUUGCACUGUCAUCAUGUUAUUCGCAUUUGUAAUAAUACCAUCCAACAUGAUACUAACUCAAAUAUGAAUACAUUGCAAGGUUACGACAGCGAGCUACAAAAUGUUUAUACUUACAAUGGUUACUCUUGAAACCAUUCCAAUAAAGUUGAAAGAGAAAGCCAAAAUGAUGACUUAUUUUUCUAAAAUAUUUUGUUAGAUUUGCAAUAAAAUGUAAGGUAACACGUAGAUGUUUAUCGAUAUAUAAAUAAAUAAUAAUUAAGACAUUCAGAUUCCCAAAGAUCUAAGGCUCAACUAAAUUCUUUUAGCUAGCUUACAUAUUGCCGUUGUUGACGUAUCUAUUUGUAUAUUGCGAAAUGUUACAUAUUGGCUGAAUAUUAGUUCUUCUUAAGUGUGUUUUGAUGUACCUAAACAAUAGUCUCUUCAAAUAUUACAGGCAUCACAAUAUAACAGUGUAUAUAUAACAUAAUAUUUUACCAAUAAAAUGUGAUACGAUGUUUCUUACUUUAAUAACUUUAAUUUUACUAAGUUUGUUUUUACUGCUUACGAGUAUGUUAAACGAUCAUCAUCGCUCACGGUUUCAAUUUAUUAGAGAGACUUGCACAACUUUGAUAUGUAUUGUUGCUGAAUUAAUUAUGUAAAAUAAAUAAAAUACUACUUUCAAACGAACCAAACGCUAACCCCUGAAAAUAAUUUCUAUCAGGGCAUUGUAAAACGUAUCUGUCUGUUUUUCCAAUGGGGAUCCCACCGGCGAUUUCUCGCGAUAAGGCGAUACGUCGACACGACCAUUGUUAAAUGUCAUUCGCAUACAUAUUCUAACCUCAUACUAUUGAUAUUGGAAAAAUCACUCGACAAGCCUUUAUGCACAGUUGUUGGAUGUAAAAAAGUGGUGUAGAUUUGUUCCCAACGGAUGCAGCAUUAAGAAAAAAGUGGGAACAGCCAGUGACGUAAAAAUUUGUUGCAACUAAUACCCAAUUCCAUGUCGAAUACAUUAUAAUAAUAUGUGAAUAAUCAGUAGACAUUUUUUUCGUACUGCAUAGGGGCCGCGUGGUGGGUCAUGGCCCAAUCUCCCUAUUCCAUCCAUAGGGAAGGCCUGUGCCCCAGCAGUGGGGACAUUAAUAGGCUGAUGAUGAUGAUGAUGAAGUAGAAAUUUAAAAAAUAACACAUCACCAAACACUCGCAAUGCAUAACAGCGGUCGAGUCGCCACUGGCGCCAUCUCCUUUACGUUUUGUGCCUGGCACCCCAUUGAUUGAAUCACAAGAUAGUAUAACGGUGGCAAGUUAAUUUUUCUUAAUCAAAUAUAUUUAACAAUUUAGAUCAACCGCUGAGCAAGUCACGCUUAAUGAUGCUCAAUUAGCAACAGUACAAUGUUGUUAUCGUGUAGUCCACGGGAAAUUUAUACUAUGCUACUAUAUUGUAAACAAGCGUACGUUUAAUUGAUAACCAUACUUGAAUGAUCAAUAAUUGAAUAGACUCGUUUCGUUAAAAAUAAUUAUUACGAAGAAUCAAUAAACUGACGAUUGAGCAGAAUAAUUUUUAAUAAGGUUUUCUCGUUAUUUUGGAUAGAUUUAUUAUAUAUUAUUUGUGAACUGCGUUUAUAUUAUUUAUGUACGAGGUUACAUAUUAUUAUUACCGAGAAGACGUAUUUAAGUUACACGGCAACAGAAUCUAAUGUGAUUAGUAUGUUUCUAAAGCAAUUAUAUCGAUAAACAUGAUUUUUAUUGAUGUCUGUAUAUAAUUUUAAUAUCAUGUACAUUUGUGGAAUCUCUUUUAUUUCCAUUGAUAUCGUGCGUAUCGUUUGUGCUAUUACAUUAAAAUAUAAUAAUUGCUAUCUUCAGUAAACUGUAUACUGUUGCUUUUAUUUUGAAUAUUGUGUAAAUUAUUAAUGACAUACUGUAAUGAGUAUAUUUACUGAUAGCCAUAAAGUAACUUGUUUUAUAUAAGAUAAGUUUGUAAAUACCAUGAUUAUACAUUAAGUUUUAUACUUGAUUGUGUUUGUUUUAUCUCCAUAUCCUUUCUAUCAUAAAAUACAAUGGAGUCUGUUGCAGUAAUCUUUAUCUGUUAUGAGUAUACUCAAGAAGUUCUUUAUUUGCAGGAUAAUUUUAACUAGCUGUGACAAAUUCUUGUUCAUAUAAACUUUAUUGAGGACCAUUGUAUCGUGAAGUCAUAUGUCGAUGAUGGACAAGAGCUAUUUACAUUAUCUCAACCAAUUCUAUCAAUUAUAUCAAAUAUAAAAGCUCAAUUCUGUACAGAUGAUUUUUCUGUGAAAA